AUGCCGGCCGAAGCUGGGUGGGGCAAUCGCAUCUCGGAAAUGUUGGGGUGGACCUACUUCUUUGCAUGGUCAGUCUCCUUCUACCCACAGGUCGUACUCAACUUCAGAAGGAAGAGUGUGGCUGGUUUGUCGUUAGAUUACCAGAUUCUGAAUGCUUUUGGUUUUGGAUGCUACUUCCUCUUCAAUGCCAUGUUUUUCUACGAUUCUGGCAUUCGUGCUGCUUAUCGAGAGGAGCAUGACAACCAGGACAGUGGUGUGCGGCUCAAUGACGUGAUUUUCGCUGGCCACGCCUUUUGCAUCACUCUCCUGACCCUGCUUCAAAUUUGCAUCCGGUCGGGCACUGGGGAGUGGAUUCCGUGA